AUGGACCCGCCCGCCAGCUACGGCACCGUUGGCGCCAAACCGCCCGUGCUGGAAGCGGCGCCGUCGAACCUAACCAUCGUUUUCGAGUGGGUAGCGCUGCUCCCGCUCGUGCUCUACCUCGCCAGCAAUAGAAUUCCCCACGACGCCAUAUCCGACUUCCUCCAGCAGCCUCCGGACUUCCUUGACCGUGCGUCCUCGGCGAGCGAGCGUCGCCGGGUGGUGUGGGACGUCAAUUGGGGAAGCAAGUUCCCGUGCGCAAACGGCGCCGCUACCGACAUAGUUGCUGCCCAUUCGCUCCGUCGAGUAGGGAUAACAAGAGUCUUCGGCGUAUCUCCACCCGACAAGGCGGGCUCUUCAACGCUCCCUGAUACCAUCCUGAGGCCCGACAACAGGCGCUACCAAACACUCCAUCUUUUGGACUGUUCUAGCGUGGCCUCCGGUAGUACGUCACGUUCUACUCUUUUCAGCCUACCCGGGCUUGUCCAAACUCUCAACACGCUUGUUCUCUUGAUCCUGGUUGCUGCCCUUGUUGUCGCCGUCCUCUUUGGUCUUUACGGAACUACCGCCGCCAUCUUCGUUUGCAUUGUUUUCCGUAUCUGUCGACACCUUAUCUCCAUCAAUCGGCCUGGCGGGUAUCUCCGCAAUAAAGAGGGACGCACUCCAGGAUACAUGCUCGUAGCUCUCCAUGAAAACGCGUCAACGUGGUACCUCUAUCGGGGGUCCCGGAGCGUCAUCGACAGCUUGCUGAACAAGGCAAUGAUUGAAUCGAUUGACUCGUCGCUAGGCACUGCAAUUUGGCUGGGCUAUCUAUUACGUGUCCUUGAAAUUCUUCAACUCGUUGCGAUGACCUAUGUCGCGGGUCAGAAGGGAUGGGACGGCGUCGCCUUACUGUGUCUGAUUGUGGCCGCCGGCGUCUUUGACCUAGUAGUUUAUAGCGACAAUAUGGUCGCUACUUCGUGGUUCCGCCACGAGGGCGUUGCUAUUAAAGCGCAAAGUUUCGAAUUUAGCGGGCGCACACCGAUGAUCGGUGCUAUUCAGGUUCUGAGUGGGAGCGCCGUGACAUCUUGGAUGGACGAUAUCCUCGUACCGUCUGCCCGUCGGGAUGUUUGGCUCUCGGAGUUAGGAGUUCCGACUAAGAAGCAGGACGGGGCGUUACCGGAUCGAGAUCGAGAAUGGAUAGAUCUCAACAGAGAGCUGACAGUAAGGGCCGUAGAUAUGAUUCGGGGGCUGGAAAGUGAAGAGACUACUGUCUAG